UUCCGACCCUGUUGCCAGGCUGGCUGGGGCUUGCAGGGUUUGGAGGGGCUGGAAUCGACUCAGCCUGGGAAGUGGCUCCCACGGUUUAAGCCUCCAGGCGGAGCAGGGAAACCAGGUGCCUGAGCGCCCAGCGUGGGUGCGGGAGAGCCCUGCGAACGGCCAGCGGCUGUGCGGCCUCCGGGCGGCAGGGGGCGCCCCGAGCCGCGCGGCCUUCCCCCGCGGCCGCAGUGGGGGCGGGGCCGCGCUCGGCCGUUGACGAAGGGCGGGUGGAGGGCUCGGCCUGAGAGGCGGAGCCCGGUCCCGGCGGCCUGUCACAUAGUUCCCGCGGUGGGCGGCUGCCGCCACCUCUUUGAACCACGGAGAGACUCCUUGGAGCGCUGUAAGUCUCCCCGGACGGGAGCCCGCUCUGCUGAUAUCUACAAAAUGACUGAUAAUUUGGAUGAAUUUAUUGAAGAGCGAAAAGCCAAAUUGGCCAAAGACAAAGCAGAAUUGGAAAGUGAUCCACCUUACAUGGAAAUGAAGGGAGAGGCAUCAGAGAAGCUUUCUGAAAACAGUAAAAUAUUAAUCUCCAUGGCUAAGGAAAACAUACCACCAAACAGUCAACAGACCAGGGGUUCCUUAGGAAUUGAUUAUGGAUUAAGUUUACCACUUGGAGAAGACUAUGAACGAAAGAAACAUAAACUAAAAGAAGAAUUGCGGCAAGAUUACAGACGCUAUCUUACUCAGGGUAUUGCACAAGCAAAAAGAAAGAAAAAUUUUCUAUCUACGAGUGAAACAGAUCCAUCUACUCUGGGAGUUUCUCUUCCUAUUGGUGAGAGGUUAUCUGCCAAGGAAAGGUUGAAACUUGAACGCAACAAAGAAUAUAAUCAAUUUCUGAGGGGUAAAGAAGAAUCCCUUGAAAAGUUCAGACAGGUAGAAAAGAGUACUGAGCACAACAGUCAGAGAAAUAAAAAACCUAUCAGCCAGGUUAAACCUGAUUUACCUCCACAAAUACACACAUCUUGGGAAAAUUCAGAGGGUCCUAGGAGAGAAAUCUUAACUCCUUCAGAAACAUAUGAAGAGCUCCUAAACCAAAGGCGACUAGAGGAGGACAGAUAUCGACAACUAGAUGAUGAAAUUGAAUUAAGGAAUAGAAGAGUCAUUCAGAAAACUAAUGAAGAAGUGGGCAUUUCCAAUAAAAAACAUCAAAGUUUUGCCAACAAGGCUGACAUCUCAGAUAGAAGAUUUCGCAGGUUUAAUGAGGAUCGUGUUUUUGAUAGACAGUAUUAUAGACCAGACCAAGAUCCUGAAGGAAGUGAAGAAAUGGACGAGAGGUUUAGAUAUGAAAGUGAUUUUGAUAGAAGACUUUUGAGAGUGUAUACAAAUGACAGGAUGUACGGGAACAGACGAGGGAGUGUGCCUCCUGUGGAGUGUGGUGGUGAUGUCACAGAACAGUCAAACAUACGAAUUUCAUCUGCUGGAAAUAAAAGUGCUCGAGACAAUGAACCAUCCAAAACUACUAACCGAGAGAUCUGCAGUCCUUUUGCGGGGAUGCUCUUUGGAGGCGAAGAUCGAGAACUUAUUCAGAGAAAGAAAGAGAAAUAUAGACUAGAAUUACUAGAACAAAUGGCUGAACAACAGAAGAACAAGAGACGAGAAAAAGAUUUGGAACUCAGAGUUGCAGCUUCUGGAGCUCAAGACCCUGAGAAAUCGCCUGAUAGACUAAAGCAGUUUGGUGUGGCGCCAAGACACUUUGAAGAAACGCUGCCCCCUGAAAGACCCAGAGUAGCUUUCCAGACGCCUCUGCCUCCGUUAUCUGCCCCAUCUGUCCCACCCAUCCCAUCAGUUCAGGCCAUCCCAUCACAAAGGGAAGAUCUGCACAACGGGCUCAGCAGCACCCUUGGUGAAAUGGUGCCUCCCAGGAUUGCGCCUUUGCCUCCACCUCCCCUUCUACCACCUUUGGCUACUAACUAUAGAACUCCUUAUGAUGAUGCAUACUACUUUUAUGGGGCCAGGAAUACUUUGGAUCCCAGUCUUGCUUACUAUGGUUCAGGAAUGAUGGGAGUACAGCCUACAUCUUAUGUUAGCGCUCCUGUCACCCACCAGCCAGCACAACCUAUUAUGAAUACAGUUAGACAGAAUGAACUGAAAAUUACAAGUGAUCGAGCAAUAAAUUCAGGAUUGUUUUUUGAAGAUAAACCAAAGCCUUCAAAACAGUCACUUCAGUCUUACCAAGAAGCUUUGCUGCAGCAGAUUCGGGAAAGAGAAGAAAGAAGGAAGAAAGAACGUGAAGAAAAAGAAGAAUAUGAAGCUAAAUUAGAAGCUGAAAUGAGAAGUUAUAACCCCUGGGGGAAAGGUGGAGGUGGUGCUCCUCUCAGAGAUGCGAGAGGAAAUCUGAUAACUAGAUCCCAGGAUUUGGUGGUGAUUUCAGGAGCACCUAUCUACUUCAUGCCUUAUCAGUCCUUGGCACUUGCUGAUUUGAAUAUGAUGCACAGACAAAAUGUAGAUGCCUACCAUAACCCAGAUGCAAGAACAUAUGAAGAUAAAAGGGCUGUUGUAUCUCUAGACCAAAAUUUAGCCACUUCAAAUGCUGAGAACCUAGAAGACUCUGCAAAUAAAAACUCAGGUCAUAUGCAAACGCAGAGCUCUCCUUUUGCUCGGGGAAAUAUAUUUGGUGAGCCUCCAACUGAACUUCAGAUUAGACAGCAAGAAUUAUACAAGAAUUUUCUUCGUUUUCAGAUUGAGGAAAAAAAACAAAGAGAGGAAGCAGAGCGAGAGAAACUGAGAAUUGCAGAGGAAAAAGAAGAAAAACGGCUUGCAGAACAGAGGGCACGAAUUCAGCAAGAGUAUGAAGAGGAACAGGAAAAGAAAAGAGAGAAAGAGGAGGAGCAAAGGCUAAAAAAUGAAGAGCUUAUUCGGUUAGCUGAAGAAAGACGAAAAGAAGCAGAAAGAAAGAAGAAAGAAGAAGAAGAAAAACACAACCUACAACUUCAACACUACUAUGAAAGAGAAAAUAUAAUCGGGGAAGAAACAAAGCGCUUGAGACAUCCUUCUCCUGUAGUUCCUGCUCUUCAGAACAAAAUUGCAAGCAAACUCCAAAGACCUCCUUCAGUUGACAGCAUUAUAAGUUCCUUUAUUCAAGAAAGUUCCAUGUCCAGGGCACAGUCUCCUCCGGUACCUGCCAGGAAAAAUCAGCUCCGUGCAGAAGAGGAGAAAAAAAAUGUAAUUAUGGAAUUAUCAGAAAUGAGAAAACAGCUUCGUAGUGAAGAGCGGCGUCUACAAGGGCGAUUGCUACACAUGGACAUUGAUGAUGAAAUUCAUAUAAGGAAAAGAGAAAGGAAUCCUAUGGAUAUAUUUGACAUGGCUAGACAUCGGUUGCAAGCUCCAGUCAGAAGGCAGUCACCUAAGGGCUUAGACCCUACUGCUUUUCAGAAUAUUCAUGACUUUAAUGAGCUGAAAGAUAGAGAUUCAGAAACACGACUUGAUCUGAAAUUUAUGUACCCAGACCCUCCAAGAGAUCGUCACACCUUAGAGAUUCAGCAGCAAGCCCUGCUGAGAGAGCAGCAGAAGAGACUGAAUAGAAUAAAAAUGCAGGAAGGUGCUGAAGUUGACUUGGAUGCCAUCCCAAGUGCUAAAGUGCGAGACCACAGGAUGCCUGGAGGUGACACUAAUGAUUUCUUGAAAAAUUCAUUAUUGGAAUCUGAUAGUGCUUUUAUUGGUGCUUAUGGUGAGACGUAUCCUGCCAUUGAAGACGAUGCCUUCCCUCCACCAUCACAGCUGCCCUCUGCAAGGGAGCGCAGGAGGAACAAGUUGAAAGGACUGGACUUUGAACACAGUCAUCCUAAUGUACCACCAGAUGGUCUCUCUUUAAAAUCUGUAUCCAGUUUAAAUAUUGAUCAGCUUAGAAUGAGAAAUGAGGAACGAAUGCGAAGAUUGAAUGAACUUCAGAAUAAACCUAUUAAUACAGAUGACGAGAGUUCACUGGUCGACCCUGAUGACAUCAUGAAGCAUGUAGGUGACGACAGAUCAAACUCUGUUGCAACUGAGCCCUGGCUCCGCCCGGGCACCUCAGAAACGCUGAAACGAUUCAUGGCAGAGCAACUGAGCCAGGAGCAGCAGCAGGUUCCUGGAAAACCAGGCACUUUCAAUUGGCAGGGCCUGUCUACUGCACACGGUUAAAAUAAAGAUGUAGUGGAGCCAGCAGUGCCUUUUAAGGUGAAAGGAAUAUUAAAUCUGAACCUUUAAUAAUAUGUGCUACUUUUGGCCCCUACCUGGAAGUUACUUAUGUUCCAUCUGUAGAUAAGGUAUCUUUUUCCCAUGAUGAUGUAUAUGAUGUACAUAAAUAAAAGGCCAUGAUUAUUAAUUUAUAUAAUGUAGAAUUGUAUAGAAUUAUUUUUGUACAAUUUUGCCAGAAAUUAGGGUCGCAGUGAACUCUUGGAAUCAACUACCAUAUGUGCAUUAAUUUAAAUUCUGCUUGUCAGUAAGAUAAGGCGAAUAAAACACAAGUGUCUUAACAGUACUGUAAAACCAGAAUACUCCUUGUUAUAUGUAUGUUUGCCAUUGUUAACGCUAUUCAAGAUCUCUUAGUAAAUACAUUGGGACAAUUCCAGUUGCUAUGUAAUGAGAGAAUCAAAUAUGCUAGUUAUUUCCAUUGUCAUUUACAGCACCUGUGUCAGUAUGAAUGCUGGGAAUCGUAAUUCAUUUGAUUCCCAUGAGCCAUGCACUAAACCUUACAACUUUCUGCCUCUAUUUUUGUGCCAAUCUAGGCAUUAAGUGUACUGAUUUAUAUGAUUUAACUACUUCUUGAUAGAAAUAAAUUAUUUUUAUUGCCAAUGUCGAUUUCUUAUUUUAACUGGAAUUGAGGUUUCUAGACAAGUUGUUUUAGAAGUCAGAGAGGCAGGAACACCCAAGGGUCAAGGACAGAGACUGGGUCCCUGCUGCACUACCACAGACCACCGGAUAAGUGAGCCAGUCUUCCUAAUCACUCCAGGAGGGGCCUUUGAAAAGGAAAGAUUAAUUCAAAUGCUGGGAAAUAAUAAUUCUUAUUUAGAGUCUUUAGCACAACAGCUAAGAACAUCCCUGGUGUUCCACUGACAUAAUUAAUGGCAGACAAGACCAGAAAAGUUUUUCUCUCAAGUGUGAAAUUUCUCUGAUAUUCUGAAUUUUAGCUGCAUGUAAAUUUUAUACUCAAUUUUGAAAUCUAACCACUGCUUAUUUUACGGUAAAGAUUUUUCUUAUAUCGUCAUCUGAAAGUAAGGUGAAAGCCUCGUCUCCUCUUGGGAGCGUCCUGAGGCUAUACCAUAAAACACCAAACUGCCAGGUCAUUUGAGACACUUACCCCUCCCUCAGCUAGGCCAGAAAGUCAUGGUGGCUCCCAGCUCUAGCAUCCAGCGGGGUAUGAACAGGGCCACGUCUUGGGGGUAAUAAAGGUGGUGCACUUAGAAAUGCAUUGUUCAGUAACUGCUUAUUCUCAAGAGAGGUGUGAGAGCAAAGACUGAACACUUCUCAUGUUUUUUAACACAGCCCUCAAAAUAAAUGAUCUUGGUGUGUUC